UCGCAGCGGCCGUGGUCGUAUCGGGGAAGCAUCCGACGGUGGAGGCGAGAGCGACGCUCGCCACACGCAGUUCCGCUCUCAUUCCCUCUCUGCUCGAGCCACAGUGUCUCUUCCCCAACGACUCGUCCACCAUUCCCUUCUCCAGUGAAAGGAAUCUCCCUCUCUCAGAGCCCCAGUCCCACACCACUUCCUAUUGUUCGUCGUUUACACCUUCCGGAAGGCUAAGCUGCAUCGCCUAGCUUGCCUCUGUUUGGUGUCUGUCGCAGCCGCAGCUUCAGCCGGUGUCAGUGGUUCUUGGUCGUUUUACUCAUCCGUCUACCGCCAAGGUUCUCCAUUUCUUGGAUUCCGAAGGCUCGCUGUCACCGGCCGGCACGACGCUCUUCGACCCGAGCCCACAGAGAAGCCGGCCACGAGCUGCAGCACCGCCACCGCGCCGGCGAGAGGCGGAGAAGAAGAUCGUUUCGUCGUCAGGUGGAGAUACUAGACGGUAGAGAGGGAGAUACCGGGCUGGUGGUGCAGACACUGUUUCCACGUCGGGCAAACUCGGGGAGGGGGGACAGAUAGCCGCGACAUCCACCGGUUGGCAGUCAGUUAGCUGCUUGAGCUCGGUGGUGCAGUAGUUAACCGGUAUUGAACGUUUGAGAAAGGAGGGGCCAACGCUGCGCCCAACAGAUCGAGAAGAAGAUCCAGCAGAAAGAUCGAGGAGGAAUCGAGCGAGCCAAGAUGCUGGCGUGCAUCGCCUGCUCCGCAAAGGAAGGCGGGGAGGACGGCUCCCGUGCCGCGGCCACGCCUGCCGUCAAGUCGCUCACCUCACAGCUCAAGGACAUGGUGCUCAAGUUCUCCGGCUCCGGCAAGCAGUACAAGGCGACGGCCGGGAGCCCGUCAUUCAGGGGCAGGGGCUACGGCCGCCAUUACCCUGGCUUCAUCGACGACGCGACCUUCACGCCGGCGAGCAGGUCCGCCGUCGAUGGCGCGUACGCGAGCAGCAGGGCGGGCGCAGCGGCGACGGCGGCCAACGGGGGCGCGCGAGCCGCCACGUCGGCGACGUGGGACAUGACCGGGCGCGGAUGGCCGGGCAUCGACGAGGAGGACGGUGGCGUCGGGGUGGACGUCGACGCCGCCGUGCCCAGGGAGUGGACGGCGCAGGUGGAGCCCGGCGUACAGAUCACCUUCGUCACGCUGCCUGGCGGCGGCAACGAUCUCAAGCGCAUCCGCUUCAGCCGGGAGAUGUUCAACAAGUGGGAGGCGCAGCGGUGGUGGGGAGAGAACUACGACCGCCUCGUGGAGCUGUACAACGUGCAAACCUUCAGCGGCCGGCAGCAGGGGGGCUCCACCCCCACCUCCUCCGUCGACGACUCAGUUCUGAGAGAUUCGUCCUACUCCCGGGGCGGCUCCACCCGGGCAGAGAGUCCGGUGGCCAUGAUCCCGCCGCCAUCCUCGUCGCUGAGCAGAGACCCGGUGUCCCGGAGCAUGUCGUGCAAGGCGAUGAUGCCUCCGCCGCCGCCGUCAGGCAGCAGCUACGCCGCGGGGCCUUCCACCAGGGCGGCGCCGUGCUACCCGUACGCGGCGGCCGUGCCGGACCCGUCCGACCACGUCUGGGCGCACCACUUCAACAUGCUCAACUCCGCCGGCGGAGGCCCGUCCUCCUAUGACCCAUCGCGCGCCACCACGUCGUCCCGUGACGAGGCGUCCGUGUCCAUCAGCAACGUCAGCGACACGGAGGCGACGGAGUGGAUCGAGCAGGACGAACCUGGCGUCUGCCUCACCAUCCGCGAGCUCGGAGACGGCACCCGCGAGCUCCGCCGCGUGCGGUUCAGCCGGGAGAGGUUUGGCGAGGACAGGGCCAAGGUGUGGUGGGAGCAGAACAGAGACAGAAUACAAGCUCAGUACCUGUAAUUCGUCGAUGCAAACGCUCGAUCUGCAUGCUUCACAAGUUAAGCUAAUGGCCGAAAGAGUGCGUGAGGGAAGGAUAUCGGGAUAGAUCGAAAGAAAUUAAUCGUGAUGCUUGGGUUGGCGAAAUAUGAAACUUUUGUCUGAUAAUCUCUAGACGUGCUCCGCUGCGUUGUGUAGACUGUAGACAUGUAUAAACUCAAUAUGCUCAACUAUCUUUGGCUCAGUUUACUUUGCAAGGCAUAAAUUUGGUUCA